AUGUUGUGGGUGGAUAAACACGCUCCUCGUCGUCUUGACGACUUGGACUGUCAUCCCCAUCUUACCCCUCUCUUCCGCAGCCUAGCGGCUAGCGAUAAUCCCCCCCAUUUGUUGUUGUAUGGACCAAGCGGGGCAGGAAAGAAGACGAGGGUUUUAGCGUAUUUAAGAGAAGUAUUUGGAGAGGAAAUAGACAAGGUUCGUGUUGAGACUUUUGUUGAGAAAGAAACAAACGCAGAGGCGACAUUAUGCCAAUCAAAUGACCACACUAUUAUAUCGUGUGCUGAGUUCGGUACACGAGAUAAGGCAAUAGUACAAGGGGUAAUAAAAGAUCUUGUAGAGGCAGCACCACAAGCAUCAAUUGCUUCUUCUUUCUUUUUUACUAAAAAAAGACAAAAAAGAUAUAAAGUGGUAGUAGUCCUAGAAGCGGAUAUAUUAAGCAAAGUGGUAGUCCUUCAAGAUGCGGAUAUAUUAAGCGAAGGUGCCCAACAUUCUCUUCGUCGUUCUUUGGAGUCUUCUGUUGGUUGUUUACAAUUUAUAUUAUUAGCAGCAAACCCUACUGCUAUUACACCACCACUUAAAUCUAGGUGUUUGGGUAUUCGUGUUCCUUUGCCUCCAACUGGUGAAGUAAUAAAAGUCCUUAAAAAGACUGCACUAAAAGAAGAAACACCUGUAAACCCUAAACCCUAA